CAAAAUGUCAUACACCGAACCGACCGACCUGCACAGGGUAUACAUACAAUGUCUCCUCUCGAGACGGGCAAUGACGGAGGAUGUAGCUUUGGAGAUGUACAAAAGGGCUAUCUCUGCGUGUCAAGCUCUCAACGCAGACUUUCACCCAGCUCAUCCCCGUACGGCAGCGGGAUUCAAAUCAUUCCUUGAUGAGAUCGGACAUAUGUUGGAAGAGGUGGGUAUGAACGUUCGUGAAGGUCGAGAGGAGAUUGGAAAGGGAAGACAAUGGAUUGUGCUGUGUAAUACCGACCCAUCCGAUGUGGCCCUUUCCGCUACGGAUUUGACUCCUCUUGAAAUUACCUUUUAUCGCGAAAUGAUAGCAGAAAUCAUGGAAUCGUAUCCCGCAAACUCUAUCGGUCAUAAUCGCGCUAUCGCCCUCGUGAACAGACUCGACGGUAGUCUCACUCGUUCCGCCGCUGAGGCGGUGUUACGUGCUUUGGUAUCAAGAGGAUGGUUAGCGAAAUCCAACCGUGGAAGAUAUUCCUUGGCCCCUAGAGCGAUGCUGGAACUUGAAAAUUAUUUGAGAGGAGAGUACGAUGGUUUACACAAUUGUGGAAGAUGUAAAAAGUUGAUGUUGACCGGCGUGGCAUGUACAAAUCCGAAGUGCAACACACACAUUCAUGGAUUCUGUCACGAAGCACUACUCCGUACUCGACCUCAAUGUCCAGCUUGUAAAAUUCCUUUCGCUGAACAAGCACCUAGACCUAUUGGAGAAGCAUCAGUCAGAAGAGAAGAAGAUGGUUAUGUACGGGAUGUUAAGAAUAAACGUAAACGUGUUCCUAGAGCUGAAGGUGACGUUGGACAUUCUGGUUCGGAAUCUGAACAUUCUUCUCCACAACAACCUGAAUCACCUCAACAUGAUGAGACUCAAACUCAAACUCAAACUCAACAAGAGUUAUCAGAAUCAAGAGAGGGUACAGAAGAAGUUUCGACGGAGAGUCAAAUUCCUUCUGGGAGAAAGAGGAAAGAACCUAGGAAGAGCGGAACUUGGGCCACUCAAAGUCCUGCUGGGAAAGGGAGGAUGAGUAGGGUACCAGAGACUCAAUAUGAUGAAGAUGUUUAAAGACUCUUCCUUCUCAAAUUAGUCCGUGCAGUGAGAAGGAUGGAGAAGGAAUGAACGAAUUUGUUUGUUUGUUUUAGAAUGAGAUCGAACGAAUAUCUCAUUUGGAUCUAAGUUGGGAGAGAAUGUGUAAGUGGAUCAAAGAAGAAUGAGUGCAUAUGAAGUACGUAUGCAUUCUACUUCU